CGACCUAGAAUAAUUAUCUGUGCUUUUAAGAGGAAAACUCCUUAGGGUCCAGCCUUGGUCUCCUCCUCCUCUAGAAGCAGAAUGCCUCCUGUGUUACGCCCUCAUCCUGCUGGAUAUGUGCGAGCUGUGAUAUAAACAUGGUUUAACCCAAACCGGACGCGAUGAACGCCACAUGCGCCCUGCUGACUGUUCUGAUCCUGGUGUGCCACACUGAAUCCAUCUGCUCCCCGACCUCCUACUACAAGAACUGCUGGAUCCGGCGCUUCCCGGGGAUCCUGAUCGACAUGGAGGAGUCUCAGAGGAGAGGAGCGCAGCUGCUGAGGUCCUACCCUGAAGAAACGGCGCUGAAAUGCAGCCGCAGCUGCUGCCUCACCAGAAACUUUUCCUGUAACCUGGCCAUAUUUUACUUUGAUGCCAGCAAUGAGAAUGUGAACUGUGUCCACCUGCACUGUCCAACCCUGGAGAGCUGCAUACUGAGGCACAGGGACAAUGUUGUCCUCUAUAACAUCACAAAGGGUGUGGAUCCUGACCUGUUGGUGUUUGGGAAACACUUCACAUCCAACGUCCGCGUGCUCCCCCACCACUACAGUAGGGUGAACGCCUCUGAUCCGCUGCCCUCAGACAAGCGGCAGUUCAUCCAUCCGCCUCCUCAUCCUGCUAAGCCUCCCACCUCUUCCUCCCCUGAAGAACCUUCCAUUCCAGGGACGGAGGCAGACACCAACACAACCCAGCAGAGCAUUCCUCAACUUACAACUGAUUCUCCGACUAAAACCACCUUCUGCUGCACCGAGCGAAACCCCUCAUCCUCAGAAACGCCCAUCCAAACAGAAAUCCUGCCAGCUGCUGCCACAUCUACCGAACCAGGCGUCACAUCAGAUUCAGUUACCAACACGACUACCGUCAACCUGGAGACAACUUCAGGUACAACUACAAAACCCUUCACACCUAUCCCUACCCAUCAUCCAACCACCACAAUGCAUAUGCUGGGCAGCAGCUCUACAACAGCCUCAGCUUCAAAGAGUGGGACAGAGAACAGCAGCACAGUAGGACCCACUGGAUGGAACCACACUGAAGAUCAGGAUGGCGGUGAGGAGGACACCAAAGGGGAGCAGGGGCCUGGAUGGCACAUGGCUGCCCACACUCUGCUGGUUGCUGUGGCCAUCUGCGUCACCCUCCUGGGGAGCUGCUGUUGCUCUGUUCUGCUGGUUGUGAGCUGGAGGGGCCAGAGAAGGAGGACGGGCCGCUAUCGCACAUCCUGGAGAGGAAAACCAGCCUCCAUGCGUCUGAUUAAGCUAAUCUAUAGUGAUCUGCAUGGCAUCAAUGGACAAAAACAACAACAGGUAAGUUUGUGAUCUAAAAGCAAAUUUUUUAAUUCAUAGUGAAUCCUUCACACUGAUCACAGCACUUUAGACGUUUGAUGAUUUGU